AUGGAGUCUUCGCGCACCGCUUCGGGCCUCGACCGCAUCAGCGGUCUCUCCGAGGAUCUCCUCGUCACCAUCCUCGCCGGCCUGCACUCCACCGCAACAGCCGCGCGGACCAGCGUCCUAUCCAGCCGAUGGCGCCGCGUCUGGACAAAGGUCCCGGAUUUCAUCUUCCUCGACGACGACUCCUCCCCAGAUUCCGUCGACGCCGCCAUCACCGCGUACGCCGCGCCCGCGAUGGAAAGGUUCGCCGUGGGCCUUGACGAUAUGUCGCGCCCCGUCACCGCCUCCCGCGCCGCCGCGUGGCUGCGGUUCGCCGCGUCGCGCGCGCCGAGGGAGGUCCACGUCUGUCUGCCCUGCAAUAAGGAACCGCCGCCGCUGCCGGAGGACGACGUGGAGGAGGAGCUCGAGGUGUCGAUCUUUGAGAGCACCCUAUGGUUCAACGCAAACUUCGUGUACGACUUCCGGCUCCGGCUACCCCCAGCCGGCGCCGGCGCCGGCGUGUUCGCGGAGCUACGCAUCUUAAGCAUAAAACAAGGCCGAGUGAGUGGCGGCGACCUCAGCCGCGUUGUGUCCUUGCAGUGCCCGUGCCUCUGGGUGCUCGAGCUCACCAUGCUUGACGUCGACGGCGACAUCUCCGUCCGCUCCGACACGCUGGAGAGGCUCGCGCUGCGUGUCGUCGGCGUCGGGAACAGGCUCGACGUCGUUGCCCCGAGACUGGAGUGGCUGCAGGUGCACGGAUGCAAUUAUGAGAAUCCCCUCCUUCUUCUUGCUGUAAACCUGAAAACCCCGAUCUAG